AUGUCAACAGAGACUAACCGGUCAGCAUCCUCCACUUCUGAUCAGCCAGCCCCUACCUCCAGUGAGGCUCGCUCAACGAAUGCACCCUCAAGCUCCGCGGCCUCGCCAACGUCAUCCAAACAAGAGCCGACGUCGAUACCGGCAGAGCCGUCUACGACUAAAUCCCCGCCUCCGCCUCCAUCAUCAGAGGCUCCUCUAUCGACAACGAGCACGGCAUCGAAGUCAGAACCCACGUCGACGGCCGUGACCAGCAUUGAUCCUCCGACAACUUCGGAGCCACCGCCAACGACUACCUCCGUUGUCCCUUCCACAACCUCUUUCAUUACCUCGCCCACAAUCUCAUCUUCACCCCCAGCAACCGCCACAUCAGCCGCACCAACCAUCGCCCCCAUCUCCCCAAGCGGCCUCCCCAACGGUGCCAAACUGGGUCUCGCCAUCGGCCUACCCGUCGUCUUCGCUCUCGCGCUCCUCAUGGGCCUCAUUCACUACGGCCGCAAGCGUUACCAGAACAAUAAGGAAAACAAGAAGCGAGUCCAGGACAUAGAAGACCAGGCACGACUUUCGGCUUUCCAGUCGCAGAUGGCGCAGGCGGCACCGACGGAGGCGAACGGGAGGGGCUCGGCUAUGGUUGGUAUUCAUCCGAGUAGGUUUGGGGAUGUGCAGCAGGAGAGUGUGCAACAUUCGCAGCGGUAUCAGCCGUAUUCGAGGGAGAGUAAUUACCGGGGUUGGUAG